AUGAGCUGGACGGAAGAAAAGGAUGUUUUACUCAUGAGAGAAAUGGCCGCUCGAGGGAUUUUUCAAUUCAAGUCUGGAAGCCGAGAAAGAGGCACUGUUUGGCAAGCUAUCGCCAAAAAUCUGAAUGGUCACAAAGAUCUCUUUCAUUCUGUCACUUUGAGAGGUGUUAGAGACAGAUUUACUCUGAUUUUAAGAAGGUAUGAGGCGAAAAAUGCCGAAGAACUAAAAAGUACCGGCGAAGGUAGCGAAGACGAACUAAGAGAAUACGAUUUACUACUGGAAGAGUUAACUCACUUAAGUGAAGAGUCCGACAAGAAAGCUAAUGCAGAAGCCGAAAGUGCCAAAGAAAAAAUCAGUGCAGAAAAGGAAUUGGCUCUUGAUAUAAGGAAAAGAGCAAUGGAAACAAUGGGCCAAACUUCAAAAAGAACAAAAUCUGAUGAGCUCCAGGACGACGAGGAAAGAAAGAAACGAAGAACUGGAGGGGACACCUUGGCGUGGCUGGAAAAAAAAGCGGACCGAGAUUUUAAGUACAAAGAGCUCCAGCUUGAAGAGCAAAGAAAAGAAAGAGAGUUCCAGCAAAGAGAAAGGAAAGAGCAGAUGGAGCUUAUACAGAAGCAACUUCAAAUGCAAGGAGAAAGCCAAAAGCAACAGCAACAACAACAAAUGAUGCUCAUGCAGCAGAUGAUGAGUAUUAUGCAACAGCAGCAACAACAGCCUCAGCUUUUCACUUCAAAACAGGAUAAAGACUAA